AUGGUUAGUUGCACUAUUCUUUACAAUAAUUCAAAUGGAGUUUUCUUAAGUGGCCAGGAAGUGUCAGGAACUAUCACGUUAUAUAAUGAAAAAGUGAGAUCACUUCGAGCGAUUGUAAUGAUAACUGAAGGUUCAGCUGAAACAUCUUGGACAGAAGAAAGUGGAAUGGGAAAUGAUAAAAGUACGACAACUUAUCGUGGAACAGAAACGUACAUCAAUACAGAGACACUUCUAAUGGGGAACGCGAAAGAUUAUCAAGACUUUAAAGCGGGACAUCAUAGAUACAACUUCUCCUUCAGACUCCCGAUUGAAAUUCCUUCGAGCUUCUCAAACCUUUACGGAAAAGUUUUUUAUCGAAUUAAAGUGGAAAUGAGGCGUCAAAUUAAAUUCAAUUACUCUUUUGAAUUUCCAUUCACUGUCAUCACCAACUUUGAUUUAAAUCAAGCAACAGAAGAACUUGCAAAACCUUUGAAAAGGGAAAUCUCGAAAAAGUUUUUCAUGGGAUUUGGUUCAGGUGCAUUGACCAUAAUAGCAGAAAUUCCCAUAAGUGGUUAUGCCAGAGGGCAAACUUUACAUAUUUUGGUCAAAGUGCUAAACGAUACAAAUAUUGAUGUAAACAAAAUAAUUGUGGAGUUUAAACGAUUAUGUUUGUUUAAAAGUGAUUGGAUCUCUACCAAGAACGAUUCACAAUUUUUAUUGAGAAAUGAAACUGAAGGUGUUUUGUCUAAAUUUGAGAAACAAGUUUCGUUUUCUUUUGAAGUGCCACAAGUAGAGCCCACAACUGUUGAAAAUUGUAAAUACAUUCACUUAACUUAUGAAGUUGCAAUAACCGCAAAAGUGGGUGGAAUGCAUCGAAGUCCAAUAAUUACAAUGCCAGUCACUAUUGGCACUGUGGCUUUAUCAGCAAUGAACGAUCCAAUUAAACAAGCAAUUUACGACGAACUCAGCAUUAUAUUGAAACAACCUGGUCAAAAAGCUGAAGAGCGUUUAAAACAGCUUAAGUUUACUGAAGGCUAUGGAAUUUACUUGGCGGAACUAACAUUAGAUGAAUCCCUUGAUUUGGGUCUGCGACAACUUUCAUCAGUUCUUUUAAAGAAAUAUGUCGAUGAUCAUUGGUCUGUGGAUUUCGACGAAUUUGAAAAAAAUCUUCCACUUGCAUCAAAUCAAGCUAAGCAAGCAAUUAAAACAAUUUUACCCAAAGGAUUAUAUUCAAGUAACUCCAAGAUAAGAAACACUGUUGCAUACACAAUAUCUACUAUUGCUGGAUAUGAUUGGCCAAGUGAUUGGGUGGAAUUGUUUGAUAUCAUUGUUAGUUGUUUAUCUGGAAACGAAGAUUCCGUUCAUGGAGCAAUGCAAGUACUUGUUGAAUUCACUUACGAACUUGAAGAACGUGUCAGAGAUGUUGGGCCAAUUAUUCUGUCUGAAAUUUAUAGAAUUUUCGAUUCAGAAGCAAUUUUCACUGUUAAAACCAGAAGUUGUUCUGUUGAUAUUCUGAUUUUACUUUUGAAAUGCAUCAACAAUCAUAUCGAAGCGAAAGAUCAAGCUGGGCUUUUAAAUCCCGUUUUACCAGUCUUCUUAGAGAAAUUAGUUCAUGGACUCACAAUACCAAAUGGACCGACAAGUGACUUCAACCUGAAGACUGAGAUUCUCAGAGUUUUCACUUACAUGAUUUCCGAUAUGCCAAAAUUCAUUCAGCCAUUCAUUUCAUCAAUUUUACCUCCAAUCUGGUCAUUGCUCACACAAAUGGCUGAUAUUUAUGUCAAAGCAAUUGUAAAUGAAGGCGAAGUCGAUCCAUUUGAUGGAAAUUCAGAAGAGAAAAGUCAUUUUGUUCGGAUGAUUUUACAAAUAUUUGAACUUGUUUAUUCAAUUGCUGAAAGUAAAAGAUUUAAAUCACUUGUGAAGGAUGUCGUCGGUGAUUUGACUUACAUCUUAAUUCUCUACAUGCAAAUCACUGAAGAUCAAAUUCAAACAUGGUCAGAAGAUUCCGAGAAAUUUGUCGAAGAUGAAGAUGAAGAAGGCGUCGAUUUUAACAUUCGAACUUCCGGCCAUGACAUUUUAAUGUGCUUGGGAGAAGAGUUUGAAGAGAAGUUUCUUGCUGGAUUAACAGAUGCAAUAACAAAGCAUGUUGCACUUGCAGAUGCGGAACGAAACAGUGGACGACAAUUUUGGUGGAAAACACAUGAAGCAGCAAUGCUUGCUGUUGGUUCCACAGCAUUUAAAGAAUUAAUUCUAACACACGACAAGUUCAACUUACAAGAAUAUUUGAAUUUAGUGAAAGGGUUGUUGGGAUAUCAAGUCUCGCCAUUCUUAAGUGGACGAUGCAUUUACACUUUAAGCAAAUAUAUUGAAACUGAAUCUUGCGCUCCACAUUUUGCCGAUGCAAUCAACACAACAAUUUCAAGUCUAGAGAGCAACAAACCAAUAACUUUGAGAAUAUCAGCGAUUAGAUCUGUCUAUGCGUUCUGUAACAACUUGAAAGAUGUUGAGAACGAUCGAAAAGCUUUUGUUGUUAGUAAAUUGGAAAUCUUUCUCAAUGGAAUUCUUCAAAUCAUUUCUGAAGCUCAAAGUACGCUAAUGGGAUUAACAUUGGAAGCAUUGUGUGAAUUACUUGCUUUCGAUAUCAACUUCACAGCUUCAUCAGCAUCACGCGUUAUUCCUUUAGUUCAAGCAUUGUUUCUCAAGUAUCAUGACGAUCGAUUUAUCCUUGAACAUGUUCAAGCAAUUCUUAAAACUUGUUCACAAAAUCCUUUCUGCAGUCAACCACUACAGGAGAAAAUUGUUCCAACACUUGUUAACAUUUUAAAUCUUCAAGACGAGCAAAUUAAUGCGCCAAUGCAAGAUAUUGCACUUGAUGUACUUGAAACAAUCGUGAAAUAUUCAAAAGCACCAUUGAGUGCUCAAUUAAUUGAAAGUGCUUUCCCUGCAGCUAUUCAUGCGAUUUUAAGAAGUGAAGAUCAUUCAGUGAUGCAAUCGGGUGGUGAAUGUUUACGAGCAUUUCUCUACGUCUCACCAGAACAAGUUUGUUCAUAUCAAAAUGGUCAAGGUUUAAAUAAUAUUCUUCAAGUGACGACAAUGCUGCUCAAUCCAAUGUCAACUGAAUUCUCUGCUGCAUUUAUCGGUCGUCUUGUCAUCACACUCAUCACAAAAGCUGGAAAUUUCCUUGGUGAACAAAUUGAUUUGUUAUUGAAAGCUGUAAUCAGUAAGAUGCAGUUAGUUGAAACAUUGAAUGUUGUUAUGUCACUUGUUAUGAUUUUUGCUCAUCUUUUCCUUAUUCAAAUGGAUGCUGUUAUGAAUUUCCUGAGCUCUGUGCCAGGACCGACUGGAGAGCCUGCAAUGAAUUUUGUCUUUACAAAUUGGUUGAGUCGUCAACAUUUGUUUUAUGGAACGUACGAAAGGAAAGUCAGUGUGAUGGCAUUGUGUAAGAUUUUUGAAUACGGCGUUACGACGAAAGAUCAACGAUUGAUGCAAGUUACAAUCAAAGAUUUAGUUGAAGUUCCAAAUUCAAGCAACAAAGUUCGAACUCGUUCACAAAACACAAACAAGGAUCAUCAAUGGGUUUCAAUUCCAAUAAUGGUGAAGAUUUUUAAACUUCUCAUUAACGAAUUGAGUAAUUUGCGUGAGUUUAAAGAUGCUGUUAAUCACACAUUAGAAGAUGAAGACGAAGACGAGGAUGGUGAUGAGGAUGGAAGUGACGAAGAAAAUCCAUCAAAAGAACAUGAAAAGAAUUUGAACGCUUUCAUGUUGUUUGAUGAAGAUGAAUCGAAAGAAGAUGACAAUCAAUUGCUUCAAGAUCUGAUGAAGGAUCCAAUCUUCCAAGAAGACACCGAGAAAUCACUUACAAAAUUCAUCACAAACUUCAGUCACAAUGAAAACUUUUCAGCUUUUGUUGAGCAAUUGACGGCACCUGAAAAGAAGUUGCUGGAAACGUUACGAAUUGAAGGAUAAAAAUCAUUAAAAGAAGCUGAAAGUUUGAAAGAAAAGUUUGAGUGAUAUUUUAAAUAAUAAAAGAAAUAAUUUCUGAGAGAAACUGUAAGACAA